CGUCCUAUCGUCAUCCUUGUUGAAUGCAAAAAAAACAACACCACGAAAAACAAACCCCUAGCAAUCCAUGCUAACCGGACCGGCGCGGCGAUGUAUCGAUAACAGCUCGGGACGGGACGUCAGUAUCGAAUCCGAUCCAAUCGAGCCCAGUACAAUUAGAAGUUCCUACGAAUUCAAGCACAGCAGAGCACUGUGCAGAUUGUGCUAGCUUAGGUACUAGCUCACUACCACCACGUUCUGAUCCGUGUGGAGUCGAAUAAGUUUUCCCUUGGCCGCCGCCCGCCCGCCUGGUCACCUGGUCACUCCGGUCGACAUGGUCCUGCUGUCGGAAAUCUACUGCCCGGAGCAGAUUGUGAUACCGGAAAACUUUAACAACGUGCUCAAAGUUUACGCCAAAGCUGUCAUACGUACACAACCGUUUGAUUUAUUGCGCUGGUCGGCGGCGUACUUCCGCUGCCUGGACCUGGAACGGGCGCCACCGGUAAAACCACGGUACGAACCGGAGCUGAAGCGAGGCCGUCUGUCGACCGGGGCCCUGCGGGUGCUAAUCGAUCAGCUCGGCAAAGGCUUCUUCGUGCAGAAACGAGUUCUCCAGGAAAAGUGGCAAGGGCUGUGCCUACCGGAAGACGAUCUAUUGAACAUCCUGUCGCUGCUGCGGAUGCUCGAUUGGACCCACUUGCACUGGCUCAAGAUUGUGGCCGUCUUCAUCGGGCUGUUGAGUGACAGCUUACCCCGGACGGCCGAAAUGAUCUGCGAACUGCUGACGGAGGAACCGGAAGGUGGUCCGGCUCCGAUUCCGCUGUGGAUGUUCAAGGAAAGCUUCCUGGCGGUGGCCCGGCUCGAUUGCGGCUCGGUGCAAACGUUCGUCGACGGGCGGAAAGUUUUAGACGGCGGCCAACUGGAACCGAUCCGCCCGAUGAUGGAGCUGCCAAAAGUUUUAUCAACAAUUUCAUUUAAAAACGCCAUCAUCGACCGGUACAAGAGCAUCAUGGGUCUGGAUGUUCCAUCGGCCACAACCAUGACCGAAGGCGACGGGGGACUUUUCACGGAGGACCGAUUCUCGGAAAAGUCGGACGUUCCGUCCCGGCUGGAUUCGGAUUUUAAGUUUGUCGGGGAUGAGACGGAUCCGUACGAGGUGCUUCGUCGGGCACCGGACUUCGAGAGUGUGAUUGUGUUGUUGGGAGAAUUGCACGACGAUAAGCUGAAGCAGCAGUUGAGCUCGGUGAGUGUUUCGGAGGAGAAGUUGGAGCGGGCGAAGGAGCGUACGCAGCGAUUGGAAGAUUUGAAGGAGAGCUUGCCAGAGUACGAUUUUGAGAGGUUGAUGGAAGCUGAACGAUUGCAGCUGUUGAAAGACAUGGGACCUCCGUGGCUACUGCUUUACCUUUUCUCGAAAACUGCCAGUCGGGAUCGGUCGUACAACUACAUUGAGGAGACGUCUCUGGAGGAUGAAGGUUCUGUGGCAGGGUACUCCAACGACAGCUUUGAGUUACACGGGGCUCAAAAACUGGAUCGUAGUCCCGAGCCGGAUAUGAGUGAGGAUGAGGCGGAGUUCUUGAAAGCUGAUCUCGGUCGACGUCGUUCGAGCUAUUCGAUUCCGGCUUCGGUGCGCUCGAGGAUGAGCUCCAUCUACUCGUCGUCGACUCGCAUCGCCAACGAAGUGUUGUCCCGAAUUAUCUGCAUGGUGGACGAAGCGAUCAUUGAUGGCGAGUGCGAACUUUCGGUUAAGUCGAUUUCUAGCUUUGUUGAGAGGAAAAGUCAUGAAGAGACUCAAAUCGCUCCACAGGACUUCGAAACGUUGCGUGAGUUUCUGGUGGAAGCGGAAAAGAAGGAGUUGCAGGUGAAGGAUUUGAACGAGCUGUACCACUUCUUUGUGGGAGAGAGCUUUAAGGCAGCUGGGGAGAAUAUCGAAGAUCAGAAGCGGAAUCGCAGCCGGGAGAUAACUUCGAUAUUUGAAGCGAGUGGCAUAGAGGUGGAUAACAACCUACUGGAUGCACGUAUUUCUGAGAACAUGAUUCUGGGGUUGGUUCACAAGGACCCAGAAGCGCAAGGGGAGCAAACUCCGUCGAAUCCAACCGUUGAAGUGAUCGACGAUGAUGCAAAGGACGAAGAAGCUGAAGAGGGAGCAUCGGCAGUAGAACCAGAACUUCAAACGCUGGUGGAGGUUGUUGAGGAAGCAGAACCAGAGCAAGAAGACGAACCUGCUCCGGAAGUUGCAACCCAAACGGAUCCACUGAACGUGAAGUGUAUGGAGUUGAUGCGCCGGCGAUCGUUGACCAGAAGUGCAGACGUAAUGGUAGAAUACAGCUGCAGGCUUCCGAUGCUGCCCGGGAUAGGAGCUCCGCUGGACGAGGAUACCAUUGAGGCGUUUAUUGCCUAUUUGACCAAGAGAGCUGUCCACCAACAUGGGAUGGUUUAUCCGAGAAAUUUUCGUGAACCGCCUUGCCCGAAAUUAGAUGCCGUGGAGGGUGAGUAAGAAUUAAUUGAGGCAUCUGGUUUUAUAAUUGCUUAAUAAUAUUGAAUAAACAUGUAUUUCGAGUAGA